AGAACGUCAGGAAUACCGAACAGAAGGACCAAUGAGAAACGGCGGAGCGACACGCUAUUCUACACUGACCACUGAUGCACUCCAAUGUUGUAACUCAGUCGAAACAGUUCCAGUUAACGUUAAUAAAAUAUCAAAAUGUUCCUGCGCGUCUUAGAAAUUUUGUAUUUCAUUUACUUUGCAUCGCACAUUCCGAUUACUCUGAUUAUUGAUCUUCAAGCGUUACUUCCUCAACAUGUGUAUCCACCUGAGCUGAAAACCGUAUUGCAGUGGUAUGCUGCUGAAUUCAAAGAUCCGAUGAUGUUGGAGCCACCCGUGUGGUUUAGAUCUUUUGUGUUCUGCGAGGCUCUUGUUCAGAUGCCAUUUUUCCCAAUUGCUGCAUACGCUUUCCUCAAAGGUGGCUGCAAGUGGAUCAGAACACCAGCAAUAAUAUAUUCUGUUCACGUGGCCACAACUUUAAUCCCCAUUUUGAGUCACAUUAUUUUCAAUAACUUUCCUCUGACGCCACACCCAGGUCCGCAAACUUUAAGGGAACGUCUGACCCUUGUGUCUAUAUAUGCUCCAUAUCUGAUCAUUCCUAUCAUGAUUCUGUUCACCAUGCUCUUCAGCUCAACGUAUAACUCAACUUCUACAAGUGGAAAAGCUUCCGCAAAGUCCAAGAAACAGAGAUAAAUGCCAGUUUAUUCAUUCCACACAUUACUGUUAAUUUGAUGAUUGUAUGUAAGGAUGAAUGUAUUCAUUGUUGUAAGCCACCAGGGUUCGAACGGCAGGAAUUUAAAAAAAAUAAAACUAUCCUCAUUUUUUGAAAUUGCA